CGGAAGAUGCCGAAGUAUAUCGGUGAAACAUGAUGUGGCAGGAGUGGAGAGAAUAGUGCAGCGGUAUAUUGUGAGUGUAGUUGAAGGGUUACAAGGCGUUCACAGACGAGCAGUAGUCAGCUGAAAAAAGGCAAAAUGGUCAGCAGAAAGGAGGCGGCUGAGGCUUUCACCGCUGCCGCGAAGGCGCUGGACGUGCGCGGGAAGGAGCUCGGCGACUUGUGCUUCGCCCUGUCCAAACUAUCGGUGGAGGAGCUCGAGGUGUUUCCGAUAGAUGGUGACAACGAGGCAAUUGUUGAGUUCAUGAGGUCCGUGAAAGAUGCAGGUGCAGCAGGUGGAACCGACGUGAUGGCAACCAUCAGGGCGCGCGCUUGUUACUCUUCCAAGUAUGCCGCCCACCUGGUGGUGGAACCCCCCAACUAUCCACCGUACAAGGAGGCGGCCACAGUGGUUGGGCUGCACCAUGUGGCAACGUUCGCGCACGGCAGGCAUGGAGAAUGGACACUUGGGCAACAGAUGCAGAUUGCCGUGCACUGCCCCGACGCGGACCGCAGGGUGUUGGUGGACUCAACAGUGGUGCACAUCAAUCCCAUCCAAGACGUUGCCAUCCUCGAGGUGCAGUGCAAGCUGGUGCCCCCGGUGCUGGACUGUGGUGUCUCGGCUGGCGACAAGUACUACAUCCACGGCCAGUCCACGCAGGCACAAGCGGAUGCCACAUCCAUCAGCCACGGCAUGGUGGCGGCGACCGAGCUGGAUGCGCACAGCCACAUCCGCGGUGACAUUGUUGCGGGUGCCGGUGAUUCAGGUGGCGGCUGCUUCUCGGUCGACACCGGCAAGCUUGUGGCCAUGGUGGUCGGGUCUGACACUCGUACAAACAAAGCCAUCCUGGUGCCCAGUGCAGUCAUAUGCAGCAUCCUGUCGGACCUGUCGGCGACCUUGGGGGCUGCAGGAGCAGCCACCUGAGCAUACAGUGUCCGGCUGAUGAUGUACCCGGUGUGGUGAUGGGUGGCCAGAGCAAGCUAGCCUGUCGCCAGGAUGGGAGGCAGGGCUGCUGUGUGUGUCUGUUGACCUGACCGCGGCAUACUCUGGUCGCCUGGCUGGUUGUGUGGGUGGGUAGGUUCAACUGAGAGUGCGUGCAGCAGAGUGGCAGGUUGGGCUCAGGAGUGGCGGUGCCCAGUUGUGGUGGAGGCGGCAUCCAGCAGCGGCUGCUGGUGGUGCUGACUGACAUGCUAUUUCGUGGUGGAGUAGGUGUAAGGGUAGGGAAACCCACAACGAGGGCAUGCAGCUGCUGUUGACUGGUGCUGUAAAACUAAGAGUAUGGGAAAAAGCAUUUCAUAAUGUCCGAGGUUGGGCUACAACGCGACGCCUUCAUUCCGACCCAUUUAGACCCAUUUAGCCUAGCCAACACCGCCCCCUGUUACUGACAUGUAUGGGUGGCCUGUGGCCUUCCGGGGCACACCAACCAUGUCCCAUCAAAUCUGGUUCGGAGUCUUAGUGGGGAUUCAGUUAAUCAGUGGUUGUACGAUUGUGGAUUGAGACCGGUGGGCCAAACGGGAGGUAGGCGUGACUACCCUGCUGCUCGAGAUUAGUCGCUUUCAGGCAACCCUGGCACGCUUAUGGCAUAGGGUGCGCUGGGAGAAUGAGAACAAGUAGACCAUGUGGCAUCUUGCUGUGAAUGGCGUGCCCCUACCUGGCUUGUUUGGUGGGCUCAUUACACCUCUCUGAGUAAUGCAACCGAGAUGCAACAGACACACACACAUGUAUACACAUAUAUCUC